ACACUACCGGCACAUAUCACUGAGGUGGAGACCAGCCAGAUACACCAAUAGGUAUUGCGUUCCGGGAUUGAGUUGCGGGCAGAUCACCAAUGGUCGCGUCGCUUUUCAUGAGUGAUGUGACCUUCAGCCUACAGUAGGCCCGUGGGGCGGAGCUCGUGUCGCGGCCCCAUUGCGAGCCAUGGGAGGCGGCUGGUGGUGGGCUCGGGUCGCGCGCCUGGCCCGCCUGCGCUUCCGGGGGUCUCUGCAACCGCCUCAGCGGCCCCGCAGCGGGGGCGCGCGUGGGUCCUUCGCCCCCGGCCACGGUCCACGCGCGGGAGCCUCUCCGCCCCCGGUGUCUGAGCUGGAUCGCGCGGACGCUUGGCUUCUCCGCAAGGCACAUGAGACAGCUUUUCUCUCCUGGUUCCGAAAUGGACUUCUGGCAUCUGGCAUUGGGGUCAUCUCCUUCAUGCAGAGUGACAUGGGCCGGGAAGCUGCCUAUGGCUUCUUCCUGCUGGGUGGCCUAUGCGUGGUGUGGGGCGGAGCCUCCUAUGCAGUGGGUCUGGCAACACUGCGGGGACCCAUGCAACUGUCGCUUGCUGGUGCUGCCACUGGUGUGGGGGCAGUGUUGGCUGCCAGUCUGCUCUGGGCUUGUGCAGUAGGUCUCUACAUGGGCCAGUUGGAACUGGACGUGGAAUUGGUGCCUGAGGAUGAUGGGGCAGCCAGUACAGAAGGCCCAGAUGAUGCGGGCAGGCCACCCCCCGAGUAAACAGCAGGGCUGUGGGGGACUGGCUGGGCCUGACGACUGGGACAUUAAAACCUGACCCUUCAGCAGUUCAA